AUGUCGUUUGCUGUCGGCGUGGCCUCCGCCGCGUCUCUAGCCGUCGUGCUAGUGUCUCUCGUCUCGGUCGGCAUGAUCGUCCGCGACCUCAACGACCUCCAGACUGACGUCGAGAAGAACAUGUUCGAGGUUAAGAUGAUGGCCGACGACACCUGGGAGCGCAUGAUGGGAAUGCCCGUCGUUGGCUCUGCCGCCGUCCCCGCCCCCCGUGCCACCUUCCAAUCCGUCGUCGGCAUCCGCCGUGGAAAGCGUCAGGCCCCAGAGACCUGCAACUGCGGACCCCAAUCUCGUGGAUGCCCCGCUGGACCUCCCGGACCUCCCGGUACCCCUGGACCUCGUGGAGAUGAUGGACUCCCCGGAGACGAUGGACGCCCUGGCGCCCCUGGAAUCUCCCUUGCUGCCACCCACGAUAUCCCCGGCGGAUGCAUCACUUGCCCCGAGGGACCCCCCGGACCCCCUGGACCCUCUGGACAGCCCGGACCCGCUGGAAACCCCGGACCCAAGGGACCCAUGGGACCCAAGGGACAAGACUCGCACCCUGGAGCCCGAGGAGAGCCCGGAGAGCCUGGACAGCCCGGCCAGCCCGGCCAGGAUGGACGCCCUGGACAGCCUGGACGCCCCGGAACCGUCGCUACCCCCGGACAGCCUGGACGCCCCGGACAGCCCGGACGCCCUGGACCCGCUGGACCCAAGGGACAGGAUGGAGCCCCCGGAAACGAUGGCCAGGAUGGACCCGCUGGACCCGCUGGCCCCGAUGGACAGCCCGGCCAAGAUGGACAGCCCGGACAGCCUGGAGAGCCCGGAGCCGACGGCAUGCCCGGACCCGAUGCCGCCUACUGCGCUUGUCCCGCUCGCUCUGUCUUCCGUCAU